CCCGAGCCGCUAUAAGGCAGGCGGGGCCGACAGUAAGCGAAGACUGGAGCCAGAAUCUGGGGUCCGCGGCGGCACCUGGGGUGCUGAGGUUGCGCGCGCCCAGGGUGACCCUAUUCGCAGGAGGCAUGUCAGAACAUGAUGAGGUGGCUCAGGCCCCCAGACCCAGCUUGUGGGAGCAGGACCAGCAGAACGUGGUGCAGCGUGUGGUGGCCCUGCCCCUGGUCAGGACCACGUGUACUGCCGUCUCGGAUGCUUACAGUGCAGCCAAGGAUAAGCAUCCGCUGCUGGGCUCUGCCUGCCGCCUGGCUGAGCACUGUGUGUGCAGCAUAACCACCAGUGCCCUGGACCACGCCCAGCCAUUGCUCAGCCACCUGCAGCCUCAGCUGGCCACAGUGAAUGGUCUUGCCUGCAGGGGUCUGGACAAGCUGGAAGAAAAGCUGCCCUUUCUCCAGAAACCCUCGGAGAUGGUGGUGACCUCAGCCAAAGGCGCAGUGGCCAGCAGUAUGACAGGUGUGGCGGGCCUGGCACGGCAGGGCCGGCGCUGGAGCGUGGAGCUGACGCGCUCCAUGAGCCGCGCUGUGGAUGUUGUGCUGGGCAAGUCAGAGGAGCUGGUGGACCACUUCCUGCCCAUGACCGAGGAGGAGCUCGCGGCACUGGCGGCUGAGGCUGAGGGCCCAGAGGUGGGCUCUGUGGAAGAGCAGAGGAGACAUCAGGGCUACUUCGUGCGCCUGGGCUCCCUGUCAGCACGGCUCCGUCACCUGGCAUAUGAGCAUUCUCUAGGGAAACUGAGGCAGAAGAAGCACCAUGCCCAGGACAUGCUGGCCCAGCUGCAGGAGACUCUGGAGCUGAUUGACCUCGUGCAGUGUGGGGCAACCCCCACUACCCCAGCCCGCCCCGGGAAGGUACACGAGCUGUGGGGAAUGUACCCCCUGGAGAAUGGUCGCCGCAGCAGCCAGGCAGAGCUGGAGACGCUGGUGCUGUCCCGCAGUCUGAUGCAGGAGCUACAGGGCUCGGUGGAUGCACUGGAGACCAGCGUGCGGGGCCUGCCCGCUGGUGCCCAGGAGAAGGUGGCCGAGGUCCGGCGCAGCGUGGAUGCCCUGCAGGCCAGCUUCGCCAAUGCGCGCUGUUUCAGGGAUGUGCCGGCAGCGGCGCUGGCCGAGGGCCGGGGCAGCAUGGCCCGGGCCCAUGCUUGUGUGGACGAGCUGCUGGAGCUGGUGGUGCAGGCCAUGCCGCUGCCCUGGCUUGUGGGGCCCUUUGCACCCAUCCUCCUGGAGCGGUCCGAACCCCCGCCUGACCUGGAGGACCUGGUGGAUGAAGUCGUUGGGGGCCCCGACCCCCGCUGGGCGCACCUGGACUGGCCAGCUCAGCAGAGAGCCUGGGAGGCCCAGCACCGGAAUGGGAUGGGCUUCCCAGAGAACAUUCCCGAGGAGGAGCCAGAGCCCCCCAGCCGUCCCAAACACACCCUGAUGCCAGAGCUGGACUUCUGACCAUACAGGACCUCAGGGCCGCGGCCCACACCCUGAGGUCCCUUCUGCCCCCUAGUGGCCACACAGAAACACUAACAGCCAAUGCCUUGACCUUGGCCCAGAAACGGAGUUGGGGUUUAGGGGCCUAGUUCAAAAUCUAGACCAGCUUUACUGAUAUCACCCUCCCCAAUCUUUCCCUUGCACAUUUGGGGACACAAACCUAACUCAGGUCCAACUAGUCGGAGCUGGGUUCACCUGUCUGCGGUCACCUGUUGCCCCACCCCAAGAAGCUGAUCAAAACUCCUCGAAGAAACACAUUUUGCCCAAUGGUUUCCAUUUGGGGCUUUGAAAAGUGAGCACCGCUUUGUCCCCCAACUUAGACACCCUGAAAGGUCCUCAAAGACGUUGGGCUGCACCAGCUGGGCCUGCCAGGCCCACUUGCUUUGCCGUUUGGGGUUUGCUGUCCAGAAUAAAGGUGCUUCGUGUUGUCCCAAGGCCCAUGGCCUCUA